AUGCGGGCCCGAACUCUGCUUGCAAUUUUUGCCUUCCUCUCAACAGCCACAGUAUGUGCAAUUCGUCCAUUGGACCGACAGCACAGUCACCACGAACGAAAGCUGGUUCCGGCGCUAUGGGGUUUCGGCCCUACGUCGUGCAAGUGCAAGUCCACCCCUCGUCCAUGUCUCUUCAUCCACGGAGAGGGCAGCGAGGUCGAAGAGGAAGAGCUGCAACAUGGGUGUAAGUUGUUUGGCGACAUGGAUGGCCACGCGCCUUGCUGCUCGUCCAUCAAGUACACCUCUUUGGACACGGUCAACUCUGGCUGGACGAACGAGACGCUGCAGGAAAAAGUGUGCAGUCACGCACUGUCGAUGAGCGAGUCGAGCAGUGUGGCAAAAGGCACCAUCAAGGACACGAUUCUCGUGACCCACUCGAUGGGAGCCCUGAUUGUGGCAGGGGCCGUGGCCAAUGGCAAGUGCACCAUUGACAGUAGCACCACGUGGGUCAGUAUGAGUGCACCGAUGAAUGGCACCAUGGCAUCGAACUAUGCACAGGACCGAUGCUCGGACGACGACAUGCAGGCUUUCAAUAGGGUUCUCACGCUUAUUGGCAGCUGCCCCACUGGCAAGGCAACGAAGUCUAUCGCGUACAUGGGCGGCAAAUACAGCUCCCUAGAGCUUAACAAAGCGUUUGUGGCCGCCCAGGAGGUCUACCGUGACCACGUGUCAGCCGUCAUGUGCAGCAUUGAUAAUAUUGGUAUCACCUCUCCAUCCCUGCUGCAGUAUGUAUUUGCAGGCCGUACGAUCGAUCAUGGUACCGACGAACAUGAUGGCGUUGUGACGUACGAAAGCUGCCGAGGUGGUCUGCCGGCGUCUAAGUUUAGUAACCGUCCCGAAAGCAAGUUUUACGCGUCCAAAUGCAACCACGAUGAUACUGCAUUUCUUAACGGCGACGGCUUCUUUGAUGAUGCGCUGAAACCGGUGCAGUGGUUUGAAUGCCUGCUCUAA